CGAGAGAAGUAGAAAAAUGAGAAAAAAAAAUUCCUCCGCCGCGGCGACGCUGAGAGCGAAAAACAUCUAAACCCUCCUCCCGUCUCGUUCCCGAGAUAAAACAAAUAUCAAGCGACACUGUUUUUCUCCCUGUGGUAUAAGGAAGCUAAAUUUGGAUUUAAGCCCCGUGUUUUCAACGUAUUUUAGUGUCUUUUUAAAGCUCCGCGAUAGACCCUCGCGGCGUCCGGCGGAAGGAUACGUGGUGCGCUUCUUCUGCGGUCGUGCCUCGAGUAAGCGCAGAGAGGUGGAGGAGCGAGUCGCUGCCGUGUGCGACAACAGAACUUUAACUUUAUGUGAGUUUUAAACGGUUUUAAUGAGACAGGUCGUUAAACACGUACAGGGGAAAAAACGUGACAUGUUCAGAGUCCGCGGCUGAUCUCGAAAGUCUGCUUUUUCCCGCCUGAGCCAUCUCCUGCCAAACUUUCUGAGAAGCGACGAACCUCCGGGGAGACAGCUCAGCUUCGGGCUGGCGACCUUAUGUGGAUUUUACAGAGAAAAUGGAGCAGAUACCCGUGUUCUCCCCGGGGAAGUCGCUGGCCUUUGUCUUCUGCUUCAUCCAGGUCUCUUUAGCCCUGCAGUGUGUGGAUGAUAAGGCACCUUGUGUAAACAACGCUACAUGCCUGAAAUUCAGCAAUGGCACUGAGUACUGCAGGUGUGCUCCCGGCUUUCUGGGGGAGUACUGCCAGCACAGGGAUCCCUGUCAACCCGGCUUCUGCCAGAAUGGCGGGAAUUGCACUGUGACCAUGUCACUUGGUGUGCCUGUACCGGGUAGUGCCACCUGUUCCUGCCCUCUUGGUUUUACUGGACCGCACUGCCAAACUACCCAGAACUCCACGUGUUACCCACACAACCCCUGUGAGAACCAAGGUCACUGUACGCUGCUGUCGCUUGACGAGUACAAGUGUGAGUGCCCAGUAGGAUGGGCAGGAGCACGCUGUGAGUACAAGGACAGCUGUCUCUCUAGUCCAUGUGCCAACGAUGGAAAGUGCAGCGCUCUCUCCAGCGGCAAAUACACGUGUUCCUGUCCUCCUGGUUACAAAGGUCCUAGCUGCCUCAAUGACACAGAUGAAUGUGAAGACACGCCUUCCCUGUGCCAGAACGCAGGCCGGUGUGUCAACACCCACGGCUCCUACAAGUGUUUAUGCACUCCUGGGUAUACGGGUCGACAUUGUGAAAGCUCGUACUACCCCUGCUCGCCUUCACCGUGCCUGAACGGAGGCACCUGUCAGCUUAACUUGGACAUGACCUACUCAUGCCACUGCCUUCCCGGUUUCAAUGGCACUAACUGUGAGAACAACAUCGACGACUGCCCCAAUCACCAGUGUGCCAAUGGAGGAACCUGUAUGGAUGGGGUCAAUACCUACAACUGUCAGUGUCCUCCAGAGUGGACUGGUCAGCACUGCACAGAGGACGUGGAUGAGUGCCGGCUGCAGCCAAACACCUGUCAGAACGGAGGUACCUGCAGCAACCUGCCUGGCGGCUACGUCUGUGUAUGCGUCAAUGGUUGGAGUGGACCUGACUGCUCUGAAAACAUUGAUGACUGUGCAACAGCUGCAUGCAGCCAAGGCUCCACAUGCAUAGACCGUGUUGCAUCCUUCAUCUGCGUGUGUCCUCACGGAAAGACAGGUCUGCUCUGCCAUCUUGAUGAUGCCUGCAUCAGUAAUCCCUGCAGAGAGGGCUCUCAGUGUGACACCAAUCCCAUUACUGGUAUGUUCAACUGUAACUGUCCACCUGGAUAUAUUGGGCCCACCUGCAACAACGACAGAGAUGAGUGCAGCAUCGGCACCAACCCCUGUGAGCACGGUGGGCAGUGUGUGAACACUGAUGGUUCCUUCACCUGUAACUGUGUUCGAGGCUACGCGGGCCCACGCUGUGAACAAGACAUAAACGAGUGCGCGUCAAACCCUUGCGAGAAUGACGGCACUUGUCUGGAUCGUAUCGGAGAGUACACCUGCAUUUGCAUGCCUGGAUAUGAGGGGAAUCAUUGUCAGCUCGAGGUGGAUGAGUGUAUGAGCUCGCCCUGCCUGAACAGAGGCAAAUGUCUCGAUCAGGUCAGCGGCUUUAUCUGCGAGUGCCCAGCAGGCUUCAGUGGGGACAUGUGUCAAAUAGACAUAGACGAGUGUUCCAGCACGCCCUGUUUAAAUGGAGCCAAAUGCAUCGACCGACCUAACGGAUACGAUUGUGAAUGUGCUGAAGGCUUCACCGGUCUGCUGUGUGAGGAGAACAUCAAUGACUGCGAGCCAGAUCCAUGCCACUACGGUGUGUGUCAGGAUGGUAUUGCCACCUACACCUGUAAGUGCAAUCCUGGAUACACCGGCUCCAUCUGUAAUAUCCAGCUCAACGAGUGCCACAGCAACCCUUGUCAGAACCAAGGACGAUGCAUUGACCUCGUUAACACCUACAGUUGUCGCUGUCUACCUGGAACCACAGGUGUGAACUGUGAGAUCAAUGAGGACGAUUGUGCCAGCAACCCCUGCGUUCAUGGAAAGUGCCAGGAUGGCAUCAACAAGUACAAAUGUGUUUGCACCCCGGGAUAUUCAGGAUUAAACUGUGAAGACAACAUUAAUGAGUGCAUGUCAAAUCCAUGUUUGAGCGGGGGAACCUGCCAAGACAAAAUCAACGGGUUCCACUGCCUUUGCCCACCCGGCACCCACGGCCCUCUGUGCCUCUCUGGUAAAGACCAUUGUGCUCAUCAGCCUUGUCAGCACGGUCACUGUGUCGAACAGCAACACGGGUACCGCUGUGAGUGUCAGGCUGGCUGGGAAGGACAGCACUGUGAGCUGGAGAAGAAUGAGUGUCAGUCAAACCCAUGUCUGAAUGGUGGCUCCUGUGUGGAUCGACACAACGGCUACACCUGUCAGUGCAAACUUGGCUUUGGAGGUAUUAACUGUGAGAAGAACAUUGAUGAAUGUGCAUCUGGCCCGUGUCUGAACCAAGGCGUCUGUUUAGAUCUAGACAACGGCUACACCUGUCAAUGUAGUCUGCCGUUCACAGGUAAACACUGUGAGGUGGAACAAGUUCCCUGUGCCUCCCAUCCAUGUAAAAGGGGAGGUGUGUGCCAUCCAACUCCAGAUUACACCUCUUUCACCUGUCGAUGUCCUAGCGGUUGGGAAGGUGCGCUUUGCAAUGAUGAUGUAAACGAAUGCAAGAACAACCCUUGCAGAAACAGCGGUUGGUGCAUAAACAGCCUGGGGAGCUACAUGUGUAACUGUCUGUCUGGCUACAGUGGACACAACUGCCAGAUAAACAUUGACGACUGCUCACCGAACCCGUGUCUGAAUGGAGGCUCUUGUAGGGACGAAGUCGGGAGUUUCGUCUGUGACUGUCGCCCAGGUUUUGAGGGAAAGCGCUGUGACGUUGAGAUUAACGAGUGUGCCAGCCAUCCCUGCAGAAACGGCGCCUCCUGCGAGGAUUACGUCAACAGCUUUGUAUGCAAGUGCCGACCCGGCUUUAACGGCAUACUGUGUGAAAACAACAUCCCCGAGUGUACUGAAAGCUCGUGCCUCAAUAACGGGUCUUGCAUUGAUGACAUCGGUAAAUUUACCUGCCGUUGUCAUCCGGGUUUUUACGGUGAAUUCUGCGAGUAUGAGAAGAACGAGUGCGACUCUCAGCCCUGCAAGAACGGAGGCACUUGCACUGACGGUCUGGGUACCUACCGCUGCACCUGUCCCAUGGCAUACAGUGGACAGAACUGCCAGAACUAUGUGAACCUGUGCAGCCAGGUGCGCUGCCAUAAUGGUGGCUCCUGCUCACAGACAGCAACUUCCUGGACCUGCCACUGUCAGCCUGGAUGGUAUGGACGUUACUGUGAUGUGCCCAACCAGUCGUGCCAGGAUUUUGCCGCCAGGAAAGGUCUGCAGUUGGAGAAUGUAUGCAAGAAUGCUGGCCGGUGUGAGAAUGUGGGAAAUGCCCACAAGUGCCACUGCCAGCCAGGAUACACAGGCAGCUACUGUGAAGACAUGGUCGACGAGUGUCAGUCAAACCCUUGUCGCAACGGUGCUACAUGCAAGGACUAUCAGGGAACGUAUGAAUGCAUAUGUAAACCAGGCUACCAGGGGGUGAACUGCGAGUAUGAUGUGGACGAAUGCCACUCAAAGCCCUGUCUAAACGGAGGAACAUGCAUCAACCUCAUCAAUCACUUUAAGUGCGCUUGCCCACCUGGAACACACGGACUCCAGUGUGAAUUUAACGUGGAUGACUGUGCCCCCAAGCCUGGCUCUCUGGAGCCUCUCUGUAAGAAUGGAGGACAAUGUGAAGACGGUGUGGGCGGUUACAAGUGCAACUGCCCGGCGGGGUUCACUGGUGACCACUGCGAGGGGGAUCUGAACGAAUGCAAGACUCGACCCUGCCACAGUCACGGCAGCCUUGACUGCAUCCAGUUGGUCGAUAACUACCAGUGCCGCUGUCGCCUUGGUUACACGGGUCGUCAUUGUGAAUCCAUGGUGGAUCUCUGUCUGUCCAGUCCGUGCCGCAACGGAGGCGUCUGCUCUAUGAACAUGAGCUCGGUGCACGGCUACAGCUGUUCUUGUCCUCGUGGCUAUACCGGGUUGGACUGUGGGGAAAUGCAGGACUGUGCAAAACAAGGAUGCCAGAAUGGCGGGCAGUGUGUGAAGAUAGCGUCCGGCCAUCUGUAUUGUCAGUGCAGGUCGGGCUUCAGCGGGCCACACUGCGAGGUGAGAUGUCCGUUGCCCUGCCAAAAUGGAGGAACCUGCGUGAAAGACCAGGCAUACCCGUUCCAGUUGAGCUGCCACUGCCCGCUCUACUUUUCCGGACGAUACUGCGAGAACAGACAGAUUACGCCGACGCCCCGGAGUUGUCCGUACGAAGACUGUGAAAGGCAAGCAGGAGACAACGUUUGUGACGAUCUGUGUAACAACCAUGAAUGUCGGUGGGACGGAGGGGACUGCUCGCUUCAGAGGGAGCCGUGGACAAACUGCAAGGCCUCUGUUCCCUGCUGGGAUCUCUUUAAGAACGGGCGCUGCGAUAAGGAGUGUGACAACCCCGGCUGCCUCUUUGACAGCUUUGAGUGCCAAAUAACCUCAAACUCCUCCUGCAAGUACGACCGGUACUGCGCGGACCACUAUGGUAAUAAAAUCUGCGACCCGAGCUGCAAUACGGAGGCUUGCAGUUGGGACGGCCUGGACUGUUCUGACAUUCCUGCCAAUUUUGCGGGCGGCACACUGGUUCUCGUGGUCCGCCUGCAGCCUAAGGAGCUGCUGGGAGACCUGAGGGGCUUCUUGCGCUACCUAGGAGCUCUGCUGCACACCAACGUUCAGGUGAAGCUGAACGAAAACAACGAACCAAUGGUUCUGCCGUACUUCGGAGCACCAAAGGGACUGGGACAACAUGCCCAGAGAAGCAAGCGGGAGCUGCACAAGGAGGUUAUUGGCUCCGAGGUGCACCUGGAAAUAGAUAACCGCAAAUGUUCCCAGAGCCCCUCUCACUGUUUUUCAAGCACAGAAGAAGUCGCUUCCUUCAUUGCAGCAGCCCACAUCAAGGCUGACCUCCCUUACCCUCUAGUGUCUGUUGACAGCAUUUCUUCCCCACCUCCACCUCCACCUCCACCACUGAUGUUUCUGAUUGGAGUGGCAGUGGUUGUUAUUCUGCUCAUCCUGGUGCUCGGGAUGCUAGCAGCCAAAAGGAAACACAAACACGGCGUCCUGUGGCUGCCUGACGGCUUCAUGGCUGCUACAAAUGACAAGAGGAGAGAGCCUGUUGGACAGGAUGAUUUUGAUAUGAAGAAUUUUAAGACUGAUGGAAGCAUGAUUGAUGGAAGUCAGAGUCAGAGAUGGCUGGAAGACGAGGCUCCAUCCAAGAAACCGAGAACUGAAGACAAGCCCUUGCUGCCCAUCGCUCUGGACGGAGGUGUAGAUCGAAGAGAGUGGACCCUGCAGCAUCGCAAAGCUGCUGACAUCAGCCUCACUCCUCCUCAGGCCGACCUGGACACUGAUUGUCUGGACGUUAAUGUGAAGGGACCCGACGGCUUCACGCCGCUGAUGCUGGCAUCGCUGCGCAGUGCCGCCCCGGACUGCAGCCUGCAUGGAGAAGAGGAGGAAGAGAGCGGAGAUGAACCGGGACCGAGCGUCAUCUCGGACCUGAUCUCUCAGGGCGCGUCUUUGAUUGCUCAGACCGAUCGUACCGGAGAAACCGCUCUUCACCUGGCUGCCCGCUACGCCAGGGCCGACGCCGCUAAGAGGCUGCUGGACGCCGGAGCAGAUCCAAAUGCCCACGACAACAUGGGGAGGACACCGCUGCACGCUGCUGUGGCGGCUGACGCUCAGGGAGUCUUUCAGAUUCUAAUCCGUAACCGUGCAACGGAGCUGGACGCCAGAAUGAAUGAUGGCACAACUCCACUGAUCCUGGCGGCCAGGCUGGCUGUGGAGGGCAUGGUGGAAGAGCUGAUCCACUGCCACGCUGACAUCAACGCUGUGGACGACCACGGUAAAUCUGCUCUGCACUGGGCAGCUGCAGUCAAUAAUGUGGAGGCCACACUUGUGCUUUUAAAGAACGGAGCCAAUCGUGACAUGCAAGACAAUAAGGAGGAGACCCCGUUGUUUCUUGCAGCCCGGGAAGGCAGCUUCGAGGCGGCACAGGUUCUCCUCGACCACUACUCCAACCGCGACAUCACUGAUCAUCUGGAUCGGCUUCCCCGCGAUACGGCUCAAGAACGCAUGCACCACGACAUCGUCCGUCUCCUGGAUCAGUACAAUCUGGUUCACAGUCCCCACAAUGGGCCUAAUCAUAUGGGUGGAGGAGGAAACUCAUCUGUUAUGUGUGGAGCAAAUGGAGCAGGCUACAUUGGCAUGCGCCCUGGACCACAGGGGAAGAAGAGCAGGAGGGGCGGGGGCACAAAAGUAGGAGGUGUUGGUGGAGGGCCCAAAGAAAUGAAAGACAUGAAGGCUAAGAGAAGGAAGAAGCCUGCAGGAGGAGAUGGGGCAGCUGUAAGUGCUGGGGUGGGAGCAGGAAAUGGAGGAGGCACGGCAGCAGGAAGCACCAAUGGCGUGAAGGCAGCAGGAGGCCUUCCAGAGAGCUCCGUCACCAUGUCGCCCGUCGACUCCUUGGAGUCUCCUCACUCCUACGCAGGCGACGUUUCCACUGCCGUCUCCACCACGGCAAACUCCCCGCCCCUGCUGAGCAGCCCCACCUCCAGACAGAUGCUGCCCCCUGUCAGCCACAUGUUGGGACAGCAGCAGACCUGGGUGAGCAUGAACAAACACGGAUACAGCCCCAUGUUCAGCCUGGUUCCUCAUCAGAUUCCGGGAUCCCACCCCGGCAUGGCCCAGCACCACGGCCAGGGUUGCAGCGUCGGGCUGACCCCCAUGAACGUCACCGUGACCAGGGAGCAGCUGCCACCCAUCGUCACCUUCCAGAUGAUGACUCCCGGAGCAGGCCAGACCAUGCUGAAGCAGCCUCAGCAGGGGCAGGUGCAAGUCACGCAGUCCCAGGGUCAGAACCAGACUCAGAGUCACUCCCAGCAGGCUCCGGGGCACCUCCACUGCACCCCGGGGAUGAUAUACCAGAUCUCUGAUCAGAUGGCCAUGGCUCACGGGCUCCCUCACACCCUGCAGCACCCACACACUGUCGGCCACGGAGGCCACGCAGGGAUCGAGGGCCAGUCUCGGGCUCUGCCCUCAUACCCGACCAUGCAGAGCCCGGUGGAUAAAUACCCAACGCCUCCAUCGCAGCACAGCUACACCACAGCGGGCUCGGAGGGCACCACGCCCAGCCACUCUGCCCACCCGCCCAGCGAGCACCCGUAUCUCACCCCCUCGCCGGAAUCCCCCGACCCCUGGUCCUCCUCUUCCCCGCACUCCAACUCGGACUGGUCCGACGUCACCACCAGCCCCACCCCUCUGGGGAACUCCCACCACACACUGCCGUCAUCACACCACACACACAUUCCAGAGCAGGUGCAGCUGCAGCCGCAGUCGCAGCAGAUGCCGCAAGCGUCUCAGCAGCCUCAGCUCGGAAACAUGCAGGUGUUUGCGUAGGCGGAAGAGGAAGAAAGCAGAAACCGACUGACUUUGGGGCUUCUGUGUACUCAUAGUAACACAAUCAGUACGUUCUCACGUCUGUCUUUAAUCCCUUAUUCUUCUAUAAUAAUCAAUCACCUCUUAUGUUAUCUUCUCUUUGUACUUCAGAAGACUGUGUAUAGUUUCUUAAACAUUUUUGAGUAAAAGUCUUUUGGAGUUUUUCUCUGAUCGAGUUCUUCUAAGUCCAGUGAGGCAGCCUUUGCUCUCUGCUGGCUGGAUCAAGACUUUUCAUGUUUUGGCACCAAACACAUAAACUGAUCAUCGAGGAGCUUCUGACCAGCUGGUGCGGGAUUAAAAAAAGACCGGCGAGAAAAGACUGGGCACUUCCUGCAUUGAGAUCGUCCGUCUCUGUUCAGUGUAAUAAACCUGCCAGUACUAACACCUCAUUGAAACCAUUCACUUUAAUACGAUGGGUCAUAUUCAGUGGAUAUUUUUACUCUCAAAGGAAAACCACGUUUGUUGCAUUCGUGCUUUCGCUGGGUUAAAGGGGAGCGGCACUGAGAGGCUGCUGUACGAUCAGAAAAAACAACAAGUGCAUGUAGCAAACGCACGGCGAGGCCUGCUGGGCGGUGCUGCAUGGGUCUGCGCUUGUCAUGUGAAAGUUUUCAAAGUAUUUCAGAGGUUUGAUGAAAGUAACAUCUGCUAAACAUCAAAUAUCUGCCUGCACACUUCAAAAGGUCAGAAAAUGGAGCUCCACCUGCACGCUAUCGCUGCAGUCCUCGGGUGGUGUAAUGAGAGUGUGCGGUUGUCUCUCUGCAGGUGGUACAGCUGUAUUUGAGUAAUUAAUACUGAAAAGCGUACAUUAGUUUGUCACCAGAUUCAGUAUGUUGUAUAUGAAAAUGUACAGACACUCCGAGCAUCUUCUGCUCGUUAUAUCUGAGCUUAGCAUGUCUUUUGUUUUGUUUUUAUAUGAAUACGGUGCACACUUCCUGUAUAAUUCUGAAUCUCGCCGAGGCAAAUCGCCACGUCUUUAAAGUGCCUCUGUUAUAAAUAGCGUCUCUUCCAAAGUUAUAUAACCAUAGCUACAAUCAUUGCGUCUCCGCACCUCUAACGGUCGUAAAUCGUGCGUAGAAGGAGAAAGUCACUUGUCUUCUUUCUUAAGGUCGAUGUUGAGCUUUUAUGUGGCUGCUGUGUUUAAAACAAAAAAGGACAAUCGUUCAGCGUUCAGAAAAAUCUCACAUACCAAAUUUUGUUUUAUUCAGCCAAAAAUAUGAAACCUGUGUCCAAACUUGUCAUUUGUUGUUCUUGUUUGAAAAGUCAGACACACAAAAGCUGCACCUUUCUGCAGAGUUGUAUUUGUAGACCCAGCCUGAAAACUCCCCAAAUCCACGUUUGUACGAAUGUAGGGGCGCUCAGGCAUCAGAUAACUUUUUUUUUGUAUGAAUCACAGCAGCUCCAGUGCAUAUGCAAGGUUAUGAGGUCAUGUCUAUAUUCUGUAUAUAAAAUGUUUUUUUUAAGUUUACUGUACUCUUCUCUGUUAACCAAAUAGCCCGUAAUAUACCUGCAAUAUGAAGUAGUUGUUACCGUGUUUGUGUGUUGUAGAACUAAAACUGAUCAAAUCUGUUGGAUUAAAAAAACAAAACAAAUGAUCGAACGAAUGCUUUACUGAAAUAAAGCCAAGAUCUCCACACAC